UCUCUCUCCCUCUCUCUCUCUCUCUCUCUCUCUCUCUCUCUCACACACACACACACACCGCUCUGUCUCCAGUUCUGUCCACUCGCCGCCUCUCAGUUGCAGUCGCAGUGCAGAGUGGAGCGCAGCUGACCCCGUCCAGCCCUGGAUUCUCUACUUUUACUCAAUGGACAAAGUCCUGUCGACGGCCAGUCCAGGUACCAGCACGCCAUAAGCACUCCAUACUCUCUGGCCAGUGUUCCAGUGUGGAGGGCGAUGGAGAGAUCAGAGAGCCCUCGUCUGCGGGACAGUCCUGAACGCCGCCCCUCCUCCAGCCCAGACCUCAGCGGCCCUCCACCAGGGAAGAUGAGCCGCCUGGAGCUCAAUGGCAGCCCAACAGGGCCCCGCAGUCGUCACAAUGGGGCCCCACACAGACCCUUUGGAGCAGGUCUGAUGAUUCCUGUGUUCUGUGUGGUGGAGCAGGUGGAUGGAGGGAUGGUAAUGGAUGGAGAGAGUCGUGAGGAGCAUGCAGAGUUUGUCUUGGUCAGGAAGGAUAUCUUGUUCACUCAGCUGGUGGAGACAGCGCUGCUGGCCCUUGGCUACUCCCACAGCUCUGCAGCCCAGGCUCAGGGAAUCAUUAAGGUGGGCCGUUGGAACCCAUUGCCCAUUCACUGCCUGACAGACGCUCCAGAGGCCACCGUGGCAGACAUGCUGCUGGACGUCUACCACAUGAUCACACUCCGUAUCCAACUACAGAGCUUUGCCAAGCUGGAGGACCUGCCAUCGGAGCAGUGGAACCAUGCGACAGUGCGCAACGCUCUUAAGGAGCUGCUGAAGGAGAUGAACCAGAGCACGCUGGCCAAAGAGUGCCCGCUGUCCCAGAGUAUGAUCUCUUCUAUAGUGAACAGUUCCUACUACGCUAAUGUCUCCACUGCCAAGUGCCAAGAGUUCGGGCGCUGGUAUAAGAAGUAUAAGAAGAUUAAAGGUGACUACUUUGAGAAGAUGUGGCCAGCCCGAGAGAAUUCUGAAAUUAAAGUGGAAAGAGACAGCCUGGUGGAUUUCUGUGUGUUAGGACAGCGUCCUCCCCCUCAUCUGCCUGGCCUGGCUCAGUUGGGACCUUUGGGCAGUGCAGGUUCCCUUGUGAAGGCUGCCUCUGGAGAACCUCAGAACUCUGCUCAGUCUCAGCCUCCAUCCCAAGGGCAACCACAGCCACCCUCAUCUCAUGCUGGCCAGCUCCACCACAGCCCGCCACUACGGGCCCAGGUGGCCCCUCCCCCUCCUCCAGCUGCCUUGCAACCUCUCCUUGGCCCAGGAGGUCUUCUCUCACCUCAGCUCAGUCCACAGCUCGUGCGGCAGCAGCUAGCCAUGGCUCACCUCAUCAACCAGCAGCUUGCAGUCAGCCGCCUCUUGGCCCACCAGCACCCACAGGCUCUUAACCAGCAGUUCCUCAACCACCCACCCAUCCCAAGACCUGGCAAGUCCGGGGGACCAGUAGAGCCAGGAUCCAACCCUUCAGCAGCAGAAGUUUCUUCAGACAUCUACCAGAAGGUUCGCGAUGAGCUUAAAAGAGCCAGCGUCUCACAAGCUGUGUUUGCCAGGGUGGCAUUCAACCGUACACAGGGUCUGCUGUCUGAGAUUUUGCGGAAAGAAGAAGACCCUAGAACAGCUUCUCAAUCUUUGCUGGUCAACCUCAAGGCCAUGCAGAACUUUCUCAACCUGCCUGAAGCUGAGCGAGACCGGAUCUACCAGGAAGAGCGUGAGCGCAGCAUGAAUCCCCCUGUAGGCUUGCCCCCAACCUCAAACUCCGGCUCUGGGGCUAACCGUCUCUCUCAGAAAGUGUGGGAGCGCAGCAUGGAUGAACAGUUAACCCCUGACGCCUGGGCAUCUAUUUGGAAGAAUAAGACCAAAAUCACUAACUCGCCCAAGCCUUCUGGUCCAAACCCUGAUCUUCCCCUGAAGCUCGAGUCACUGGUGAACAUUACCUCGUCCAUCUAUGACGAGAUCCAGCAGGAGAUGAAGCGGGCCAAGGUGUCUCAGGCCCUAUUCGCCAAGGUGGCAGCCAACAAGAGCCAGGGCUGGCUAUGUGAGUUAUUGCGCUGGAAGGAGAGCCCCAGUCCAGAGAACAGGACUCUGUGGGAGAAUCUGUGUACAAUCCGCCGUUUCCUUGCACUCCCCCAGGCCGACCGGGACAUGGUUUAUGAGGAGGAGUCCCGUCAUCAUCACAGUGAACGCCUGCACACCGUCCUCCACCUGCCCUCCGACCCUCAGGCACUCCACAGACAGCCUGUUGCACCACUGAAGGAUCACUCGCCCAUGAGGAGUGAGGAACCAGUCCCCAAUUCUGGAAUGGAGGAGAACUCUCAGAGUGGUGCUGGUAGUGGCAGCACUGGAGGAAAUAGCGGUGUUGCCAAAAAGCCCCGCUCUCGCACCAAGAUCUCACUGGAAGCUCUGGGUAUCCUGCAAAGUUUCAUCCAGGAUGUGGGGCUGUACCCUGACCAAGAGGCCAUCCAUACCCUUUCAGCCCAGCUAGACCUGCCCAAGCACACCAUUGUCAAGUUCUUCCAGAACCAACGCUACCAUGUAAAGCACCAUGGCCGGCUGAAGGAGCUGGGAGCUGAGGGUAGUGGAGUGGAUGUUGCUGAGUAUCGAGAUGAAGAGCUGCUCUCUGGCUCAGAGGAUGCAGAAUCCAGUGAAGACGGCCACGAGGAGAUCUACAGCGGACAAGAAGGUGCCUCAGCAGGAGCUGCUGCCUCUGCCUCAACACCAUCCUCCACCUCAGGCCAAGAUGAGACCAAGGACAAGGGUGUGUCUCUAGGGUCCACCCGACCUAGCUCCCUGCCCCCCUCCAGUUCAUCCCCCAACCCUCGAGACCAGGCUGAGUACCAGAGAUAAAGCACUUCGAUCUGUGAAGAAGAGGGGGAAGGUUUGGGGAGAGGAGAGUGGAACAGAAAAGGCUAUCACUGAAACAGUUGCAUUUUGAAAGCAGUUCAAAGACUAAAAGAAAUAAACACAGGGUCAAAUGAAGACUCAUUAAAGGAAAGCCAAAAAUAGACAAGAUUAUAUUUGGAUACUGGUAAUUUUGGAAAAUAGUGUCUCCACAAAACACCUGAGGUGAGGGGUCACAGACAAAGUGCCAUCAGACACUGAAUGUUGCCCUAGCAACACAAUGAAGGAAAACUGAUGUUAGCAGCCAGGAAUCAUUCAUUUUUGGUUAGCAAGAAUCAGACCCUCUGAGGAAAGUGAAAAGUAAAUCUCUUUUUCCAAAACUGGCAAGUGAUCAUCUUUUUUUCAUGAUUUCUCGAGCAAAGGCGGCAGUAAGCCAUAUUGUAAAAUUCAGGCUAGUUUCUCAACAAGUCCCUAACAUACUCAGCAAAGGAGUCCUUAAUUUCUGACCUUGCAAUCCAGGGGGCUGUCAUUAGAGACCACUGUCCCUCCCUGCUUCCUCCAGCUCUCCAGUGUUCAGAGUAAUGACAGAGACUAAGCUUUAGAUGAGCUUUAGAUGAGCCAUGGAACUCCACAGGAACCCACGCAUCUUAACUCCUGCCUGAUCAAGGAGCCUGGUGGGUGGCUGUGGCUUCCCUCUUCCUCCCCUCUGUGAUGGGGCAUUCUUUGUGUCUCCAAGAGGUGGCUGUGCUUGGCUAUUUAAGCGGUUGGAUGGAUUGGUUGGAGGUAGUGAUGAAGGUUGGGGUGUAUACAUCAGCAUAGACCAUCAAUUCCACUAUAAACACAUGUGGUCUACUGAAAGGUCCACGGUUAGAUCAGCAGGCCCUUUGAAGAUAGAGCCAUCCCUCCUACAAACAACCACAUCAUUCCAAAUAGUCCAAUGUGGCUGGACAAACUGCCGCUUUACCCUGGUACCCAUGCACGCCUUACAUGGACUCCCCUCGACACCUCUGUCUGUCAGUCCAAAAAUGUUGAGUGCUUGUUUUGUACAAAUAAUGUGUACAUGAGACGUCUCGCCACAAAAUCACUUUGUACUCUCUUUGCACUUAGAAAGGUUAGUAAGUGUCAAGAGAAGGAUGUAAUCAUAGGAGUUUGUUAAUUGAUAGUAACAAGAUUUUUAAAAUUAUGAGUGCAGUUUAACUGCCUCGAUCUGCCUUUGACCAAGUGGAGGAAAGUAUAUCCAGCAACUGUCAUCAGUCAGUCGCUUUAUGUGUGGUAGCCCCUCCCUCCUAUCCGUCCUUCCCAGUCCUCCUUCAUCUCUUUCUCUUACUGGCACCCACAGUGCCCUAAUUUCAAACCACCUACCCACACUUUACUCUACAUCUCUAUUUAUUGCUAUCUUUAUCCACAAUUAUUAUUAUUGUUAUUAUUAUUGUUAUUAUGGUUGUUCUUGCUGUCAUUGCUGUUAUUUUUGGCUGUUUUUUUUUUUCAUGGUCUAAUAUCAGCUUUUGGCUUAAAGCUGUUGUUUUGGUAAUGAGAGACUUUAUGAAAGAGGGGAGCACUGCCAAAACAGAGAUGAGAGAAUUAGAAGCAGUUACUGAAGUUAUUGAGUGAGCCCUGUGACGUUAUAUACUGCCAGUUCUGUCUACACUACAUACUUUUUCCAAAGAGAACGGCAAUAGGUGGACCUGGAGUUGAAUCCAAAAAUAAAAAAAACGUAGGAAAUGUACUUUUUUAUUUUUUACAAAUGUCGACAAUCCAUUUUUUGAGCCAAUCGAAACUCUGUAUCCACAAUAGGAGCGUGUGUUGAUCUACAUCUCUGGAAAUGGACUUUUGUAUAAAGCAACAUGGCUCCUCUGUUGCAAAGCCUCUGUGAAUACCAUAGUGACACUCGGGUCCGGGGUCCUGAUUUGCUUUUGAGAAUCAGCUGCUACCUGUUCUUUCUGGAUAACAGAGUAAUUAUCAUUGUUAACCUUACACUGACCUUUUUAAACUGUUUUUUGUUCAUUAGGUGAUGUUUAUGGUCUGUCUAGAUGUUUUGUCUAUUACAAAUGGAAACAUUUACUUUA